CACUUCCUCUCAUCCUCGCCGUCAAUACAGAGCAUGUAGGCCUGAUCACCUGUGAAGCUCUGACAGUCUUCGUUAUGUAUCGCUGUGGGUUGUGGUGUUAAAUCAUUAUGGGACCCCUGGGUACUGCAGUAAUUUUAGGAGUAUUUUCAUUUCUAGGUAUCGUUGCUGUGGAUGUACCAGAACAGAUUCACAUCAGUUUUGGCGACCACACAGACAUAAUGGUGGUCAUGUGGUCCUGCAAAUCACAGACCACAUGCCACGUGGUUUAUGGGUCUUCAGUGGGUCGCAUGAACGAUAGUUCCACCAGUCAAGUAUCAACAUUGAAUUUAGACAGUUGGAAUGCUUUAAAAAUCAUUCACAGAGCUGAACUUCGGGAACUGUUCCCCGGCAGACGAUACUUCUACCAGGUCCAUUGUACACAGAACAAGGAACAUGCCAGUAGCACGGUGUUCUCUUUCAAGACACCAGAGGGCGCCACGGAGAGAUCUGCCAAUUUUAUCUUAUACGGCGAUCUCGGUGCAGUUGGUGGUAUCCCGACCUUCCCAGCUUUGCUCCAAGACGUUACUACGAAUACAUACGAUGCAAUAUGGCACAUAGGCGACUUUGGUUAUGAUCUACAUUCCAACGGUGGAAAGGUAGGAGACGAAUUUAUGCGCAAAAUAGAAGCAGUAGCCGCCAUGAUUCCUUACAUGACAUCUCCGGGAAAUCACGAAUUGGAGAAAGAUAUGCACCACUACCGAGUGAGAUUUUCAAUGCCUAAUGCUGACUGGCCAAUGCGUUAUGAUAGACUCUGGUACAGCAUAGAUAUCGGUCCCGUCCAUUUUAUCAGCUAUUCAACAGAGGUGUUUUUCGUUGAUAAUCAAGAUUACGUAUGCAAACAAUAUGAUUGGUUGCUAGAAGACUUAAAACAGGCCAACCGAAACCGUUUUAGAAGACCUUGGGUCAUCGCCAUGGGUCACCGACCGAUGUACUGCUCCAACAAAAACGUAGACGACUGUACCGGGCGGAUCCUAGGAUACUGGGUUAAAUAUGGUCUAGAAGAUUUAUUCUACGCCCAGGGAGUGGAUCUUGUGUUACAAGCCCAUGAACACUCGUAUGAGCGUCUCUGGCCGGUGUACGACUAUCAGGUCAUUGCCAAGAAUUACAUGGAUCCACGGGCACCUGUCCACGUGAUCUCAGGUGCCGCUGGGUGUGGAGAGAACGUGGACUAUAUGGGAGAACCAAAACCUUGGUCCGCCUUCAGAGCCGAUACAGCAAGUCCCCACUCUUAUGGACGAUUGAUGGUCAUUAAUGAGACCCAUCUCUUAUUUGAGCAAGUGUCUGUAGACUUCAACACAACCAUUGACAAAUUUUGGCUGAUUCAGCACAACCACGGAGCUAGGAUUGAGAACUGGGAGUGUGAUGAGGGGUUCAGUAAUCACCUGAGCUGUAGGUGUCCUCUCCCUUUCCACUACGUCACUGUUGCUAUAUUUGCGGGGAUUUUCUUCUUCAUCAUCACUGCCAUGAGUGUCUAUUUUUGUACCAAAUGUUGCUGUUGUUGCCAGACCAAUAAUCGGUUUGCUUGUCGUAAAUGUUGUUAUACCUCUAGUGGUCUUAGACUGUGUCGCUAUGGAAGAUCUCGGUUAAAGGAGCGCUCCGGUAGGUUAAGACUGUUAGCGGAAGACGACGACGAGGAUGUAAUCCUUUGAUAUUUCGUUCAUUCUUGAUAACACCACGAGCACUUAAAUACAUCGGAAUCCUUUGUGGUAAACGAGAGAAAUUUGUGAUAUCAAUCAUGUGUGUGAGUUUAGAUAAGCGUUACUUUAUAAAAGAUUGAAUUUGAUAGGAUGCUGAAAGCUCUCUUCGCAUUUUCUGAAAUUGAUGACUUUCUAAUCCUGUCAUGUGCUUGAAAUGAUCAUCGUAUUUGUUUAGGACAAAAUACAAGUUCUUACUUUUACUGUUGUUGAACUACUGCUAUAAUAAAAUAUUAAUUAAUAGCAUAAUAUCACAGAACAGUGUAUGAAACUCAGAUAAUUAACCGUACUCAGUUAUUUUUACCUACAUGUACAAUACACUUCGCAAUUUCUCAGAAAUUACAAAAUACGAUACCGCACAAUUCAUUAUACUAGGAAGUAUGGUGAAAGAUUCCAUUUACAUUGUAGCUUAACGUCUUACAAUGUAUAUAUACACGAAUAGUUCGAUUUCCCCUGCAAGAUUUUAUUUUUCAUAUCAAAUGCCAAAGUAUGCCUUGUAAUGUGUAUGAAAUAUCCACUGGUGCACAUGUACAUGUAUACUUCAUGUAAAGAACGAAGCCUGAUAUCAUUUCACAUUCAUUUAGCAAAAAAAAAAAAUCUGUCGAAAGAAAUGUCAAAUAUUAACAAUGGCUAUAGAUGCCUUUGAUGGAAUUUAAAUGUGUAUUAAUGACUGAGUCUCAUGGUGAAUUUGUGAUUGGAUAUCUCCUCAUUUUCAACGGUUUUUAUCCGUCAGACAAAACGUUCCAAAAAAUGUGCGGAGUCGCGUUUCAUAAAACCAUUUUGAAGUUAGUCCAGUGUUAUUGUUAGGGACAAACCACACUGAUGUACAUGUAUGGUGAUUCUAUAAAAAUGACCAUGUAGAUUUAAGGCAGUGUUAUACUGAUUAGACUGCAAGAUAGAAUUGUUGCCAUUGUUAAAAGAUCGUUUGUGAAUGGGAACCUUAAUAGCUUGUGUAGUUUAUUUCCCACUCUUGUACUACCAUAUAGUAAUUCGGUAUUGAUUUUGACCGCGCAGACCUCAUCAGAUAUUAUUUGGUAUUGUUAAAUUCCUAUGAACAUAUUUUGAUUGUAGUUGUAUACAUUGUGAAGGCUCUAUGAAAUAUUUAUUUUGUUACUUUUAUAAUAAAAACACUGCCAAACUAUGUUGGAGAUUAGUUCUCUUUUCACGAAUUGAUAUCCCUGCAUGUACUUCUUGUUUAAAAUGUCUUUUAUGAUGUUUCGCCAUCAGUCUGAGUAAAUUCUAGUUACCGGU